GAACGCUGAUGCAAGCAUCGAAGAAAAAAAGAAAAACGCAACGCAAUGCUACUUUGUUCUCAUUCUUCUUCUUCUUCUUCUUCUUCUUCCUUCUGAUCCCAAAUUCCCAAAUCCUCACCAUUAGGGUUUCUUCCUUCCUUCAAUCUCAGCAUCUUCUUCAAGCUCCAUUCGCUCCUUCAUCAUCAUCAUCACGCUGAUCUGAAAAUGGAUGGACCAGUUGGCCGAGGUGGUGGUGCAGGCCUGGACAUAUAUCUACCAAAUUAUAAAUUGGGGAAAACACUUGGCAUUGGAUCCUUUGGCAAGGUGAAAAUUGCUGAGCAUGUAUUGACUGGUCACAAGGUUGCCAUCAAGAUCCUUAACCGUCGCAAGAUAAAGAACAUGGAAAUGGAAGAGAAAGUGAGAAGAGAAAUCAAAAUUUUGAGAUUGUUCAUGCACCCUCACAUCAUACGCCUGUAUGAGGUCAUAGAGACUCCAACUGACAUAUAUGUUGUCAUGGAAUAUGUGAAAUCUGGAGAGCUCUUUGAUUACAUUGUAGAAAAGGGUAGGUUGCAAGAAGAUGAGGCCCGUAAUUUCUUUCAGCAGAUAAUCUCUGGUGUGGAGUACUGUCACAGGAAUAUGGUGGUUCAUAGAGAUCUGAAGCCUGAGAAUUUGCUUUUGGACUCCAAAUGUAAUGUUAAGAUUGCUGAUUUUGGCUUAAGCAACAUUAUGCGUGAUGGACACUUCCUUAAGACAAGUUGUGGAAGCCCUAAUUAUGCAGCUCCUGAGGUUAUCUCUGGGAAAUUGUAUGCUGGACCAGAAGUUGAUGUUUGGAGCUGUGGUGUAAUUUUGUAUGCUCUUCUUUGUGGCACUCUGCCAUUUGAUGAUGAGAACAUUCCAAAUCUCUUCAAGAAAAUAAAGGGAGGGAUAUACACUCUUCCUAGUCAUCUAUCUCCUGGUGCUAGAGAUUUGAUACCCAGAAUGCUCGUGGUUGAUCCUAUGAAGAGGAUGACCAUACCUGAGAUCCGUCAACACCCAUGGUUCCAAGCUCGUCUUCCGCGUUAUUUAGCUGUGCCACCUCCAGAUACAAUGCAACAGGCUAAAAAGAUUGAUGAGGAGGUCGUUCAGGAAGUCGUGAAUAUGGGAUUUGACAGGAAUCAAUUGAUUGAAUCUCUCCGCAACAGGAUUCAGAAUGAGGGUACUGUGGCAUACUAUUUGUUAUUGGACAACCGAUUCCGUGUUUCUAGUGGCUAUCUGGGAGCUGAAUUUCAAGAGACUAUGGAUUCUGGUUUUAACCAAAUGCAUCCUGGUGAGGUUGCUUCUUCGGUUGUCGGCCACCGCAUUCCAGGCUACAUUGACUAUCCAGGUGUAGGAAUGAGACCACAGUUCCCUGUUGAAAGAAAAUGGGCUCUUGGCCUUCAGUCUCGAGCUCAUCCUCGUGAAAUAAUGACUGAGGUCCUUAAAGCUUUGCAAGAAUUGAAUGUAUGCUGGAAGAAGAUUGGACACUACAACAUGAAGUGCAGGUGGGUUGCUGGCAUUCCUGGUCAUCAUGAAGGAAUGGUUAACAACAAUACUGCCCAUAGCAAUCAUUACUUUGGAGAUGAUUCCAGCAUUAUUGAGAAUGAUGCUGUUCCUAGUUCGAAUGUGGUCAAAUUCGAAGUGCAGCUUUACAAAACUCGGGAAGAGAAGUAUCUGCUUGAUCUUCAAAGGGUGCAGGGCGCUCAGUUUCUUUUCCUGGACCUGUGUGCUGCUUUCCUUGCGCAGCUUCGUGUACUCUAGAGCAAUGAGCUUAGGCUCUCGAGAGACUUGAGGUGUCUUGUUGCAUGUGAAUAUGCUUUACAUUGUUGUAUAUAUUUCAGUCCGAGACUGUCUUCUGUUUUCUACCCCCUUUUCGAUGGGUAAAAUUGCUAUCAGUCAAUCCUGAACAUGGGAUUUGCCUUGGUGACAUUGGUGUUUGAUUAGGUGUUCCUUGCUCAUGGUGGAUUUUAUUUAUCAACGUAGUAUCAGGGGGAAUCUUGAAAGGAUUAGCCUUUAUUGACUGUUGUGUAUUAUUUUCAUGGGAGUUGUGUAAAUGACUUGCUAUCGUUACUUGAAGCUGAAGGCUUUCUGUUUAGGCUGCA